UACUUCGCCUUGUUGCCUUUCCUUAAGACAUUAGACAUCUCUCUCUCUCUCUCCCAAACUCCCCUUUUAAAUACCCCCUUCCCCAUCCCCUCAUUCCCACCACACCCCAACGCCCACCCUACUCCUCUCUCUCUUCUCUAUCUCUCUACUCUCUCUCUCUCUCUCAUCUUCAUCAGAACCAUUCUACCCGAGAGACAAGAUAGAAUGGGAAUCAAGAAAUCAAACAAACAAUCACAGACAACAAUGCUGAAGCAAAUCCUGAAAAGGUGCUCGAGUCUGGGUAAAAAGCAAGGCUACGACAUGGAGGGGCUCCCGCUGGACGUGCCCAAAGGCCACUUCGUCGUAUACGUAGGGGAGAACAGGAGCAGGCACAUCGUGCCCAUCUCGUUCUUGACUCGGCCCGAGUUCCAGAGUCUACUCAGACGAGCCGAGGAAGAGUUCGGGUUCGAUCACGACAUGGGUCUCACCCUCCCUUGCGAAGAAGUCGUUUUCGAGUCCUUAACUUCAAUGCUUAGGUGAGAAGGAAGGAAGGAAGGUUUUUCAAGGGCUUGUUUGGUUGGGAGAGAGAAUUGUUGGAAAGAAGUGGUCAUGAAGCUGCUUCAUUGCUUCUGAGCUUUUUUUAGAUUUCUCUUCUCCCUCUUUUUUUAUUUUGAAUUUUUGGGUUAUUAUGUUAUAUUUGAUCUAACCCAAUAGCCCAAGAAUAGAUUUUGGGUCUGAAUAUGUAAUUAAAUCUGGAAAAAGUUGGAAAUAUUUUUUUCUCAACAGUGGCGUUUGGUUGUGCCCUGGGAGAUCUAGGAGUAAUAUUAUGGAUAUUUGGGGUUGCUACCCUGCUUCACUCA